AAUUAUUAAAACUGAUGCUGGAGUUACAGACGUUGCCCACCUAGCUCCGCACACAGUUGAAUUACCGGCAGUAAAUGUAGGGAAUACUAAACUUACUCCUUCUGCAAAUGCCAUUCAAGGCAGUCUUUUAAAAAGAAAACGUCGCCGAGUAAAACAGAAAAAGAACAAACGUUUAAAAGCAAAGCGAAAGGAGAAAAGACAAGAACGUAGAAUGCAAAAGAGACUGAAAAACAAACAAAAAAGGCAAAAUUUGAAACAAUUAAAGAAACAGAAAUUAAAACUAGCCAAAACCGGAAAGAACCGAGGGGACAAGAAAACAGCUAACAAGUCAGUGAAGUGGAACAAUCGUCGAUUAAAAAUCAUUGAACGUAUGCGAGCGAGGAAAGCAAAAUUAGAUAUGAAAAAGGAACAAGAUGCUUUUCGAAAAGCAAACAAACAACGCCAAAAGGAGAAAACAGAAAUUCAAAAUGCACUAUUUAAAAAAGAACACUCGCUGACAAAUAAGUUUAAAAUAUUUAGCACUACUAAGGAAGGGAGACAUAAGCUAAAUGAUACACCUAUGAAGUCUAGCACUAUUUUUGACAAGAUAACUGAAAACGAGUUAAAUGCUGUCACCAAUAAAGAACGUUUAUCAUCAAAUGUAAUAAAUACAACAAGAAUUACUGACAAAAUAAAUCUACUGAAUGAAACAAGUAUUGCUGAUGCGAAUAUGAAGAAUGGUACAGGAAUAAAUGAAAAUAAUGGCAUAUCCCUUAGUAAAAAUGAUGAAAAUGGCAUAAGUAAUGUUGGAUCAACGAAACCUGUUGUGUCUGGAUUUACUAUCAAUGAAUUGCCAGUUUUAGAUCUUACGAGUGUAAUUGACCCUAGAACGCAAAUGAACACCUUUGGAAUAGAACCUGGCUUCCCUGCUGAUCCAUUAAAAUCAGAAAAUGUAGGACCAGGUAUACCACUUGGAAUGGCGAACAUCGGAGACAGUUUGUGGGAACCAUUUGACCAAAAUAUUGGUUUAUCGAAUAGACAGUCGUCAAGUGAUAAUGAAGUUCUAACAGGCAAUAUUGAUGCUAAUAUGGGUAUACCCUUGGGACCAAUCGAAACCGGAAUGAAUGCUCCAUUUAAUCCAAUAGAUGUUGGACAAGAUCUUCCUAGUAAACAAACAGGUAGAUUAAAAAUACCUUUAGAAAAGAUAAACAUAGGAAAUAUCAUUCUUUUAGAACAACAUGGUAUCGCAAAUGAAAGUACAAACAAUGAUCAUACGAAUUUUAACUCAGACAGUCAGUUAAAUCAUGUCGAAAAGUUGCCUAAUUCAGCAUUCGAUAUAAACGGUAAUGGUUUUCCAUUAAGUCCGGUGACCAAAUUUACAGAACUUAAAGAGGACAAACCAAACCCUCAUAUAAAGAAUGGCUCACAUAUGGGGCAAACUUCAACAAAUUUGCUAUCCGAUCAAAACUCAAAUACCAUGGGAGAAAUUCUUAGGAAUGUCACAACUGACUUGACAAUUCAUGCAAACAAACCGAAUUCUCCGUCAAUUGAAACCAUUAACUCUACAAUAACAUCCAAUCAAUUUGAAAUACUGAAUAAUGCAAACCAAUCCGACAGCAGUACUAAUGAAACAGGUACCCCUGGCAGUACUCCAAAGAUAAAUGCUAUUGGAGAACCGUUAGGUCCAGUAGAUAUAAAUCAACAAAACAAUACUGUCGAAUCAGGUUUCAAUCCCGUAUUUUCCGAAUUCGGAGAAGCAGCUGUGUUUCAGUCAGUGGAUCUCAAUCAAUUCUUUUCAAAUGGAAAUCGGAACGAUUUGGACGGAAACAGUCCCCUAUCGAUUCAAACGCCAGAACCAACCCAAGAUAACGGAGGUUCAAUUUCAGGUAUAAUGACACUUAAUGGCGAGAUAAUGCCAAUAGCUGGACAACCAAUGGCAGAACGGCCUAGUUCCAAUGUACCAUUUGUCUCACCUAAUACUGCAACAAGCAAGUCUACGCUACCAAAAUCUUCUCUUCUUGGUGUACUUUUUGAGAUUCAAAGAUCAUUGAGACAAGGAAAAACAGAUUGACCUUUAUAGUGUUUAAAGAAGUACAUUUGUAGCUGUUGUUCCGGGCUAGUAUAAGAAAAUGGCAGAAAUGCAUAACAUUCAUUUAUUCAAGACAAAAACAUUUUGUUUUUUGCUGAAUCAAGAUUUUAUCAGUCAAGUUAGUAUGCUGAGAAUAAAUAAUGGUAACGCAUAUCAUUUUAAAUGUUGUUGCAAAUUUAAUCGAUUUUGAUAACAUGAAACAGUUAUGAAUAUAAUAAUGAUACUUUUCCUCUACAAGUGUUAGAUUGUUACACUUUUAUGUACAUAAAUUAUUUAUUACCA